CCUGGACGGGGGACGUGCUGUGCGUGCUGACGUCGCAUGGGGGUGGGGUCUGCGUGCGCGCUGACGUCACGCGCCCGGCUCGAGGCGGCCCCGGCGGCGGCACCAGUAGAGCUGGUGGCAUGCGAGAGCCUCGUCUGCCAAGAAGCCAACUUGCUGUUGGAAGAGCUUUCCAGGGACACAGUCUUCAUUCCUGUCUGUAAUGACCCUUCAGUGCCAGUGGGUGCCAGGGGCUCCAGAAUUAAUCUUGUUCCAAGCGUCAUGCGAGGAUCUACGUCCUCACGGAAAGAACAAUAAUAGCUCCACGUACGGUAGGCUCCCGCAAGCGCCAACUCCCUCCAUCUCCUCCAAUGCAGGCUCAGGGAUGGACUCCACCUCGUCCCAGUGAAGAGGCUCUGCAUGCUCUCCACAGCCAGGAGGGGAUUCUGCCACUGGCUCCUGCACAAGCUGCCCCACAGCAGCACACGCUCAGCGGCGCCUCGGGAGGAUAUCCAUUCACCCAGCCGUGUCCCUGCUGUGCCCACUGCACACCCAUGGAGGAGCCUGGGCGCCUGUUCCCUCUUCCCUGAGCUCCGCAGCCCUCGCUGUCUGAACUCACCCCGGCUCCUGGCAGACUGUUUGCUUGUUUUCUCAACUGCUCUCCUGAUCCUGUUGCGUUUCCUCUCUCACAGAGCCCAAAAAGGAUUUGAACUUUGGAAUGGGGUCUGUGAGCAGGCUGCGGACUCAGUGCCUGUGUAAGACUGUUGCUGAAUAACAGGAGGACUGGUUAAUCGCUGCGGGCAGCCGUUCCGUCCGGCCACAGGGCACCAGCCUUGCCCGCCCUUUCACCAUGUUCCUCCUGCUCCCUUUUGACAGCCUGGUUGUUAACCUCUUGGGGAUUUCCAUAACUGUCCUCUUCACUCUGCUCCUGGUUUUCAUCAUCGUGCCAGCAAUCUUUGGAGUCUCCUUUGGCAUCCGCAAGGUUUACAUGAAAACAUUAUUAAAGAUUUUUCAGUGGGCGACGCUGAGGAUAGAGCGCGGUGCCAAGGAGAAGAACCACCCACUGUACAAGCCCUACGUCAAUGGUAUCAUUGCAAAGGAGCCAAUGUCCCUGGAAGAGGAGAUCAAGGAGAUUCGCCGGAGUGGCAGUGGCAAAGCUCUGGACACUCCUGAGUUUGAGCUGUCAGAUAUCUUCUAUUUCUGCCGCAAAGGCAUCGAGACCAUCAUGGACGAUGAAGUGACCAAGCGGUUCUCAGCUGAGGAACUGGAGUCCUGGAACCUUCUCAGCAGGACCAACUACAACUUUCAGUACAUCAGCCUGCGCCUCACUGUGCUCUGGGGCCUGGGUGUGCUCAUCCGCUACUGCUUCCUCCUGCCACUCCGGAUAGCCCUGGCGUUUACUGGGAUCGGCUUGUUGGUGACUGGUACUACAGUAGUGGGAUAUUUGCCAAAUGGAAGGUGUAAGGAGUUCCUCAGCAAGCACGUCCACCUGAUGUGUUACCGGAUCUGCGUACGCGCCCUCACAGCCAUCAUCACCUACCACGACCGAGAAAACAGACCCCGGAACGGAGGCAUCUGCGUAGCCAACCACACAUCUCCCAUUGACGUGAUCAUCCUGGCCAGCGAUGGCUACUACGCGAUGGUGGGUCAGAUCCACGGUGGGCUCAUGGGGGUGAUACAGAGAGCUAUGGUAAAAGCCUGCCCACAUGUCUGGUUUGAGCGCUCAGAGGUCAAGGAUCGUCACCUCGUUGCCAAAAGGCUCACGGAGCACGUCCAGGACAAGAGCAAACUGCCUAUUCUUAUCUUUCCAGAAGGGACCUGCAUCAACAACACGUCCGUGAUGAUGUUCAAAAAGGGGAGCUUUGAAAUUGGAGCCACGGUUUACCCGGUAGCCAUCAAGUAUGACCCGCAGUUUGGAGAUGCCUUUUGGAACAGCAGCAAGUACGGCAUGGUGACCUACCUCCUCAGGAUGAUGACCAGCUGGGCCAUUGUCUGCAGCGUCUGGUACCUGCCCCCGAUGACCAGGCAGCCCGAAGAGGACGCCGUCCAGUUUGCCAACCGAGUGAAGUCAGCCAUUGCCAGGCAGGGGGGCCUUGUGGAUCUGCUCUGGGAUGGAGGACUGAAGAGGGAGAAGGUGAAAGACACAUUCAAGGAGGAGCAACAGAAACUCUACAGCAAAAUGAUUGUAGGCAACCAUGAAGACCGGAGCCGCUCCUGAGCCCUCUGCCUCCAGUGCUGUUCCUGGGCGUCGCCGGAGCCCUCUGCCUCUAGCGCAAGCCAGGGCUCGUCUGAAGCAGCUCCGAAUCUUUGGACUUUGGCUAUUCCAGAGCUGCUUGGACUUGCUGCUUUGUCCUCUGGCCAUUCUUUCCCAGAGGCACCGUUGCUGCCUGGAGCCCCUGGGCCCUUGGCAGCUCUUGGCAAAGAUGCCUUCUCGUUACUGUUACAGUGAAGCCCCUUGGCAGGGCAAUAUUAAAUGAAACACUUAUGGUGUCGGAUGCUCCCGUAUGGUGUUCGCAGGCCCAGGACGGGGUGGGGGCUGGUGUGUCGAUAUGCGUGUGUGUCAGUCACAGCUCUCCCACGGCGCAGAAGCUGGUGAGCUGCACGGAGAUGAGCUGCCUUGACAGCCAAGGGAGUCCUCAUCAGCUGGCGCCUUUCCCGUCUGUAGCAUAACACCCUCAGGAGCUGUCUGUGGUCUCUCAGGGCAUUUCUAGAAAGAGAAACCUUUCAUUUUCCUUUUGCCACCCUCCUGUCAUAGCCUGACCUGGACCGUUGCUUCUCCAACGUCUGACUGACAGCCUUCUUCACUGGGCUUCCUCGAGCGGUAAGGAUCAGCCUCCUUGGAUGCCUCCCUCUGUCCCCUGGAACUGCAAGCGUGGUGCGGCCCGUGGGGCUCAUGAGAGAUCCAGAUGGGCUGUGGUGGGAGCCCUGGGUGGGGAGGAGAGUCUGAGCCCUCAGCCAGGAGAUCCCCUCUCCAAUGGGGGAUCUGUUCCUGCUCCACACCCACAGGCACAUGGAUAACCCCAGCUUGUGGCAAGGAAGCUGAAACCAUGCCGGGGGUGGCACCCUUUCUCUUUCAGCUCUGCAAGUGUAUUAUUCUGUAGAACAACCUGCAUUUGGGCACUCAUCCCAUGUACUUUCCAAUUUUACUUAUGUUCCUAGGAACUCUCGGGGUUCACUGCCUCCUCUUACAGGUGAAUGCAGUUGCCUGCAGCAGCCGUGCUCGCGCUGCUGGGAGUGCUGAGGGUGGCUUCGCUUUGGUGCUGCCUCGGUACCUGGGUGGGGUUUGGUGGGGAGGACAUCUGCGGUCCCCGGCCAGCUCAGCUGCUCUCCCUAAGUGUCCUUAAACUGGAAUUUCCCUGCAGGAGUUAUCCAUGUGGAUUCAAGGCAGUUUACUUCCUGCUUGUUUCUAUUUGGGUAUCAAUAAGAGAGAGAGAAACGGAAGGAACAGAAAGAAACAGAACUCAAAAUAGGAUCCUUUAUGAAUAGAGCAGAGACAACUUCUAUUUUGACAAUUGAUCUGGAGGGGGAUGGAGGGGAAGAACGAAAGCAAAGCCUGAUGUCUUCUCCUUUCCACCUGAGAAAACAAAACCAAAGCAGCUCAGCCGAGCAGGAGAGUUUCAGCAUCUGCAGGGCUGAAAUCCAUUGCUUGCGUUCCUGCGAUGCGAUCGAAGAGAAGGCAACUGCUCGUCACUAAUGCAUAUUUUGGGUACCCAGGCCAGGACCCCCUUGAUAAGGAGUUUAUACUGGCAUUAAGGAUCUGUUCACCAGCAUUUUGGUUUCCCCGGCUUAUUAGUAAUCUCCUCUCUGUGGAGGUUAUGGGCACUGCCUUCAGGCUGUGAAACGCCGCUUGCUGCCCUGAGCGCACCUUGGGUGCACGCAUCCGGCCAUGGGUACCCACAACCCUUAACUUGCUCCCUUGCCACAGCCACCGUGAUGAUGUAUCAGAGCCUUCACUGCCUGUCCAGCUCUGUGGGACUCUCAGUCACCUCUCCGGACUCCGGGAUGCUCCGCAGCAGGCAGGGAGCUGGCUGGACAGGGUAGGAGGCACACAUCCAUCUUCCCUCGGCUCCCCCUCCCUAUACCCCCAGUCAAUAUGUCUCUCUCCGAUGGGAAAGUUAAUAAAUUUAGCUCUAGAUUAAAAGUAUCGAUCAUUUCAUUUGUAAGCGAUAAAUAACUGGGGGGACCGCUGGGCGGCCCGUGGGGUAGGGGCUGCCGGCUCCGGCUGCAGCAGCCGUGCAGCCCGCUGGGGCCGCGGGCCCUCAUAUGCAUUCUGCCCGGAUGCUGGCAUUGAUUUGCUAUUAGUCUCCACGCACC